GAUCAAAUAUUCUACCUAAGAAUUCAAAUUGUUUUCUUUUUUGUUUAAUUACCUUUUACUUUUAGUUUGCGCUAAACAAUAUUAGAUCAAAUUUAUUGGACGAAAAAAUCUUUCGUCUCUAUCACAAAAAAAAAAUCUCUCUCUCUCUCUCUCUCUGUCUGUGUAACGUACUCGUUCCAGCGGCUGCCGCCAUUUCUGGAUAGAAAAUGGAGUUUGUUCACAAAAUAGUUGACAUAGCUAAGAGAGCUUCAAACAACGAUACGGUGAUCAAUUUUGGUCUUCUUGCUUCUUUUGCAAUACUUGGAGUGAGAUCUAUGAAUCAGCAAAACACCCUUGCAGCUUUAGAAGCUGAGAAGGAAUCUCUAAUCAAAUCCAAUAAGUCCAUUAGGAAAACCCUCUGGGAUUGGAAACAGCAGCUUUAUGCUGAAUCCUCAACUGAUUCUGCUUUGAUUUCCCUGGACAAACUUCAAGCCAUCUACGGCGAAGCCCCACCUCCUCAACAGUCUACACAUGGAGAUACUGUGAGGAAAGAUGCAACUUCAUCUGGUCCAGCCAAAAUAAUGAUCUGAGAUCUGCAUUGUUGUCAGGAUUUUAGAAGUAUUUAGUGUUGGAAGGCUGUUAAUAAAAUAUUUUCUAAGAGAACAGAAACAUAUAUCCUUGACAUAAUUUUUUUAUUGGCAAGUAAAUGUAGAACUUGGAGGAAUUUAUAAAGGUGAAGAUUUUACUUGAAGGACAAAAAUACAAUUUCUUUUGUUUUA